AUGAACCCAGAAGACGCCCACGCGUUCAACGUAACAAUGCGCAUUAACCGUCAGGUAGAAGGCGCACAGUGGUUUGACAUCUACCCCGUCGGAGGAAAACUGAGUCUAGUAGAUAUCGGCGGCGGAUUGGGACACGAUCUUGCAGGUUUGAAACGUAAAUUUCCCAAUCUUCCUGGUCGCCUGGUUCUCGAAGACCUAUCGGAUGGUAUCGAGCAUGCGAAGGAGUCGAUUGAAGAUGGCAUUGAGGUUGUCGGGUACGACAUGUUCACUGAGCAGCCGCUGAAGGGUGCCAAGGCGUACUAUUUGCGUACUGUGCUGCAUGACUGGCCGGAUAAGCAGUCGCUGAUGGCGCUUGCCCGUGUUCGGGAGGCUAUGGCUGACGACUCGGUGCUGCUGAUUAAUGAGAAUACCUUGCCUGAGGUUGGCGCGUCGAGCUUGUCGGUGUCGUUGGAUAUUAGCAUGAUGGAUAUUUUUGCUUCUUUGGAGCGGACUGAGAAGCAGUGGGUUGAUCUGCUGGAGCGGGCUAGCUUCAGGGUAGUCAAGGUUUGGCGCGCUGACUAUGAUGGUAUCGGAUCGAAUGCAUUGGCCGAGGCUGUCGCUUGUCAACUAUAA